GAUACUAGAUAGCGCUGGGCGCGCGCGCAAGAAACCCAGAGCCGAUAGAAUGGCAGACGCUGACAUCGCCGCCGUAGCCGCCGCAUCGUCGGCCGGCGGCGGAUCGGCGCAACCGCCGCUGGCCGGGCGCGUGGCCAUCGUGACCGGCGCGUCGCGCGGCAUCGGGCGCGGCAUCGCGGCGCACCUGUCCUCCCUCGGCGCGAGCCUCGUGCUGGGCUACGCGUCCAGCGCCGCCGAGGCCAAGGGGCUCGCUGCGGAGCUCCCGCGUGCCGUGGCCGUGCGGGCCGACGUGUCGGAGGAGGACGGCGUGCGGUCGCUCUUCGACGCGGCCGAGUCCGCAUUCGGCGCCAGGGCGCACAUCCUCGUGGCCAACGCCGCCGUGCUCGACGACAAGUACCCUUCGCUGGCGGACACCGCCACGGCGGAUUUCGACCGCACCCUCGCUGUGAACGCGCGCGGCGCGUUCCUGUGCCUCCGGGAGGCGGCCAACAGGCUGCCACGCGGCGGCGGGGGCCGGAUCGUGGCGGUGACGUCGGCCGUGGUGGGGUCGCUGCCCACAGGGUACGCGGCGUACACGGCGUCCAAGGCGGCCGUGGAGGCGAUGGUGCGGACGAUGGCGAAGGAGCUCAAGGGCACGCGCAUCACGGCCAACUGCGUCGCGCCGGGGGCCACGGCGACUGACAUGUUCUUCGCCGGGAAGACCAAGGAAAUGGUGCGGCGCAACGUGGAGAACAACCCGAUGGAGAGGCUCGGGGAGCCCCGCGACAUCGCGCCGGUGGUCGGAUUCCUCUGCACGGACGCCGCGGAGUGGAUCAACGGCCAGGUCAUCGGGGCCAAUGGCGGCUACGUGUGAUUGUGACAUGGUUAUUGUUUUUUCCCCAGCGUGCAGGGUAAUAAAAGACUUCAAAGGGUGGUACCAAAGGGCAUACGACACCAAGCAGGAGGCCCGAAGGCUCAUGCUUCAGUCCCGAAGGGAAGUUGUGAAGCGAGGGGCCCACAAUGUGGAGACUCCAACGAAGCCUGAAGGGCAUCCGGACAUGAAGUGAAGGUCGUCGAACCAUCAAAGAUGGAAUGGAGGGGACGAUGCCGAAGGAGGACCCGAAGGUAGAUGGCGGCAAGACUGAAGGGUAGAGUGACAUGUGUCGGGUUCGGCUAGAUUAGGGUUUGUAAAUGUAUGUUGACUGUAAUAUCCAAGAAUAUCUCGGGAACAUUCCUAGGGAUAGAGGGGAAUGUUCAUGGGGAUAAGGGGUACUAUUGUAAUGUGAGCUAGAGUAGUUGAGGAAUGGCUAUAAAUACCCCUACCCCAUUGAUGUAAGGAGAGAACCAUUUCAGACAUAAGUAAUACCACCACAUUGUGUUGA